UUACUACUUCUAUUACUACUUCUAUUACUACUUCUAUUACUACUUCUAUUACUACUUCUAUUACUACUUCUAUUACUACUUCUAUUACUACUUCUAUUACUACUUCUAUUACUACUUCUAUUACUACUUCUAUUACUACUUCUAUUACUACUUCUAUUACUACUUCUACUACUACUUCUACUACUACUUCUACUACUACUUCUACUUCUAUUACUAUUUAAGGUAUAGAGGUUACUACACGGAAAUGAAAUGCAUCUAAACGAAUGAAAUAAGAUACUCAUUUCCUGCUGGGUGGGGUGAGUGUGUGUGUGUGUAGAAACCAUCCAUAAAAUGGACCGAAACGAGGGCAAAUUCGUGCAGUUUUAUACUUUGGCUUUAUGCCUUCAGACUUCUCUGCCCCUUUUCUGAUUUGCUUAGGUAAUUUAUCUCCAGUUUGGCUUGUCAGAAAGAAAGCACUGGUCAUUUGAACCCACCUUGGAGUCAGGAGACCGGGUGCUGGAGUUCCAGCUUCUCGUGAGGGUGGGGAGUUAUAGAUAGAUCAGGGCCUACCUGAUUGACUUUGUGCUGUCUUGAAAAGCUUAGGAAAGGCUUGUGGCCUGGUAGCGUUUCAUAAUUACCCAUGGAGACAGGAGGGAUGAAGGUGAGCUUUCUGUCCCAUUCUGGGUAUGGGGUCAGGAACUUUCCAGGACCAUGUGUGUUGCUGCCCUCCAAAACUGGAAUACCCAUCUCUGCCUGUCUGCUGGCUUCUCUGCCUGAAAACACCACCAGGAGCUCACUAAUUAGGUAACAUCUAAUAAGUCUGAGACAACAUAUAUAGCAAGAACACGCUGGGCUCUCCCCCAUCCCCUCACCCAGAUGCCCCAGGGGACCCCUGUGAAUAGUGCUGAGACCAGGCAAGCAAAUGUGGUGGGUAUGUGUGUCUGGGUGAGGGCUGAACUCGUGUUUCUGGCCAGGCCUUAGAUCUCAGCUGUCCUUAGUUCCUUCUCACACAGAACUGCAGGACAUCAAAUGUCUAAAUGGCAAGGUUUCACAGCCUAAGAAAACAAGAUGUUCUGUUUAUUAAUUAGGUGAAGACCACAAAGCCCUGAAUAUAGCAGCCUACCUUCCCAGCAUGUUUCAUCAGCCAAACCCAGAGCAUCCCUCACAACAAAGGCACUGAGCGUUGCACCUCUUCAUUCCUUUGGUGAGAUCCCUGGGCUCAGGUGAGGAACAUCAGAGAUACAGAGCCCUCUUCUGAACACCAUGGAGCCCACAGCUCACAGCCAGCAGGAGGCAUCUACCCCUUCCAGCGUGGAGACAGCAGAACACCUUGCCCUCAAGUUACACACUGCUGUGAGAACCAGGAAUAGUGAAAAUGUGCAGGAGCUGCUGGAGAAAGGAGCAGAUGUGAACUCAAAAGCGGAUUUUGGCUGGACACCACUGCAGAGUGCUGUGCAAGCUAACAAUCUGGAGAUGGUCCAGCUUCUGCUGGACAAGGGUGCUUGUCCACGUGCCAGGAAGGACAAUGGUGGCACUGCAUUUACUGAGGCAGCAAUGGUGGGAAACGUGGAUAUACUGAAGCUCCUCCUUCAUUAUGGGCUAGAUAUUGAUGACCAUGACAACAACGGCUUCACAGCUUUCAUGGAGGCUGCAUGGUAUGGGAAGGAGGAAGCCUUGAAAUUCCUGUACAGCAGAGGAGCAGCUGUGAAUCUGAGGAGGGAAGUUAGUGAGGAGAAGGUGAAACUGCAUAAAGGAGGUGAGACAGCAUUGAUGGAUGCCUGUAAGAAGGGCCACUUCUCAGUUGUCCAGAUUCUUGUCCAAGAGAUGGGGGCUGACGUGAACCUUUGUGACAACAGCGACAGGAACGCCUUGAUCCAUGCCCUGAAGGAGGAUCACGAGAAGGAGAAGGAGUCAUCUGUCUCCAUCUCCAUAGGCCAUUUCCUGCUGGACCAGGGCAUGGAUGUGAACAGCAAAGACGAAGGUGGGAGAACUGCCCUCAUCCUGGCUGUUGAAUUGCGGAGCCUGGAUUUGGUGAAGGCCUUACUGGAGAAGGGUGAAAUAGAUAUUGAUGAUGCAGACGAGGAAGGCAACACAGCACUGAUGGUGGCUGUGGAGAAAAAUGAUCACAAGAUAGCCAAGUUCCUGUGUGAAAAAGGAGCCAGGACUGACGUUGGGAACCUGAUUGCUGUUGCAAACAGGAAGCGUGCUCCUGACAUGGCGUGUCUUCUCCAACAGUAUAAAGCCCAGGUUGUUCAAGAAACCCUUGAAGCCUGGGAGCCGGACAGCAAGCGCUGGAGGGACCAGCUGAAGAAUCUUUACAAAAUGUAUCGCCCUAUGAUUGGCAAACUGAAGGUAUUUCAGUACAUCCAGCAGAGAAUUCAAAGCACUUCCCAGGGUGGCAUCUACCUGGGGCUCCACGGUGGGACGGAGGUAGCAGUGAAAAUAAUCCAAAGGACAGAGGGUGACAAAGAGAGAACCUUCCUCGAACGAUGUCGUGGCUGUGAGCAUCUACUGAAGCUCUUCCAGGCUGAGAAGGCAAGAGGCUGCAUGUACUUGUGCUUUCCCCUCUGGGAGAAAAACCUUGAAGAACAUCUGCAGGAAUCAGAAGACCAAAUGGAUUACAGAGAUGCUCUGGGGAUGAUCUUCAAGGCAGUGAGAGAGCUGCACUCCCUUGGAUAUGCUUACCAGGAUCUGCAUCCCAGUAACUUCCUCAUAGAUUUAGGUGGCAAAAUUUACUUGGCAGACUUGGAUAAUAAAAGAAGGUUGAUUGAAGGUGAAAAAGAACUUGUCAACUCAGAUGUAGAGGCCCUCAGCGAGCUCGUGCUGUAUGUUUUAACAGGGGGUAGGAAACCCUUUCAGCAAGUCAGUACCGAGGAUUUGGAUGCUAAUUCCCCAGAUUACUGGGAGGCCCUGGACCUUGUAGAAAGCCUGAGGUCUCAUGAUGAGCAAGGCUUGGAAGGCUUGAGUAAACAUCCCUAUUUCUGGAGCAAGCAGAUCAGGUUCAACUUCCUGAAGAGUAUAUGGAAUAAAAUCAAAGAUUACAAAUGGGAAGACAAAAUUGCUUUAUUUGAUGCUUCUAAUUCUGCUGCACGUUUUCCUUACGCAUGGACCAAGAAGAUUGAUCAAGAUGUUCUGAAGGUCAUGAAAAAUCCCGAGAAAGGAAAACCAUUCACAUAUAAAAACAGGAUCAUUGACCUACUGAGGCUCAUAAGAAACCUGGAUGAACACCCAAAUGAGAGAAUCAGCAAGAAAAUAGGAGACUACGCUGAGUAUUUCUUGACGACUUUUCCAGAACUUACCAUUUACGUCCACAAGAGUUUACGCCAGAAUCCCAAAUACUGUCACCUUGCAGACAUCCAGGACCCUUCUCUGUAGGACCUCAUUGCCUCGUACCCCACGUCUGAAGCCACCAUCCCUGCCUCUUUUUGUUCCCUAUUUCUUCAUCUGCAGAAGAGUUGAAGCAAGUGGGUAAGGAGAUGGGAGAGACCACCUGCAGGGACAGAGCACGGGGGAUGUAGACUAAGAAAUGAAAGAUGCUUCAGAAGUGUUGGGUGUAACAACCACAAGCUUUGGAGAGGAGCCAUGCUGAGUGCCAGCCCGGGUCCCCCUUGACUACAUCUGUCCUUCUGGGCUUACCUAUCUCUGUGGAGAUCAAGACCCUGAUCCUUACAGAGAGCAGGGAGAUGUGGGACAGUCCUCACAUAUUCAACACAUCGGGGAGGCAGGAGAAGAGUUCAGCAAUGGCCAGACAACUGGAGACUCUCUUGAUAAAGGAGUUUGAGAUCCUUGCUAGGGCAAACAUUUCCUACAGCUUGCGCUGAUGAGCUGCUCAUCUGCCCCAAGAAAGACGUGGGUUCUCUCUCUUCAGUCUUUUUGAAACACAGCAGCCAGGAGAUGAGAUGCUUUAGCAAUGGUCUGCUGGGACCUGAAGAACUUCAGCUGGGGGAUGCAGGAGACCUUUCCAUAAGGAAUGGAUGUAAGGAUCACAAUCCCACACCACUCUGCUGCUGUGAGCAGUACUGACUGACCUGAAAAAGGGACUGCAGGCACUGGUUCCUCUUGGAAAGUACAACCUCUGCCAUUGCAGGCUGGGUCUACAAGGCUACCCACAAGCAUUCCCUCUCUCCAAAGCAGUGCUGCCAGUGGAGCAUCACUGUCCUCCUGCCAGGCUUACCUCCCUGGCACGGAGCUGGAAGCACCCAGCCAGCUCAGAGCUUUGAGAUUAGGUGCUUGGGCAGCACAAACCUAUUUUCCAAAAUCCCCCGGUGUGCAAUGAACGUGCAUCUGAUUGUCCAAGGGCUGGUUUGUUUCUUGGCUAAGGCUCCGAUUUGCACACUGACUAUAUGUUGCUUACAGAAAUAUUUUUCAAGCUGCUGAAAGGAUCUUUAAUUUUUUUUUUUCAGAUGGAGAUUGUUAUUCUUUCAAUUAGCCUACAGAGAACCAAACUUGGAAUAAACUUGCCUGGAAAGCUGA